GUGGCGGCGGCGGAGCGCUCCCCCCUCCCCCCGCCGAGAAGCCCCAAACCAAAACAAAAACAAACCGCCCCCCGUACCCCUCCGCCCGCCGCCCCCGCCGAGCCCCGGACAUGGCGGCGCCGGGAGGGGGCUCCGCCAGCCGCGGGUGCUGAUCGGGCCGCUGCGUCCCCCUGUCCGCUCGUCCCUCCCCGCCCAUGGGCGAGACAUGGACUACGAGUUCAAGUCGAAGCUGGCGGCCGAGCGCGAGCGGGUGGAGGACCUGUUCGAGUACGAGGGAUGCAAGGUGGGCAGAGGCACCUACGGGCACGUCUACAAGGCCCGCCGCAAGGACGGAAAAGAUGAAAAGGAGUAUGCACUGAAGCAAAUUGAAGGUACAGGGAUUUCCAUGUCGGCCUGUAGAGAGAUUGCACUUUUACGGGAGUUGAAGCACCCAAACGUGAUUGCAUUGCAGAAAGUUUUCCUUUCUCACAGUGACAGAAAGGUUUGGCUGCUGUUUGAUUAUGCUGAGCAUGAUUUGUGGCAUAUUAUCAAGUUUCACCGUGCCUCAAAAGCAAACAAAAAGCCCAUGCAGCUGCCAAGAUCCAUGGUUAAAUCCCUACUCUACCAGAUCCUCGAUGGAAUCCAUUACCUCCAUGCAAACUGGGUGCUUCACAGGGAUCUGAAACCAGCAAACAUUCUGGUAAUGGGUGAAGGUCCUGAAAGAGGAAGAGUUAAAAUAGCUGAUAUGGGUUUUGCAAGAUUGUUUAACUCGCCUUUGAAGCCAUUGGCAGACUUGGAUCCAGUUGUGGUGACAUUCUGGUACAGAGCUCCAGAGCUGUUACUUGGGGCCAGACAUUACACAAAAGCCAUUGAUAUUUGGGCAAUUGGCUGCAUAUUUGCUGAACUGUUGACUUCAGAACCUAUAUUUCACUGUCGCCAGGAGGACAUCAAAACAAGUAAUCCUUUUCAUCAUGAUCAACUAGACCGCAUUUUCAGUGUAAUGGGAUUCCCUGCAGAUAAAGACUGGGAAGACAUAAGGAAGAUGCCAGAAUAUCCAACUCUUCAGAAAGAUUUUAGGAGAACAACAUAUGCCAAUAGUAGCCUCAUAAAAUACAUGGAGAAACACAAAGUCAAGCCUGACAGCAAAGUUUUUCUUUUGCUUCAGAAGCUUCUUACUAUGGACCCUACAAAGAGAAUUACCUCAGAGCAGGCUUUGCAGGACCCCUACUUUCAAGAGGAUCCUCUGCCUACAUCAGAUGUGUUUGCUGGCUGUCAGAUUCCAUAUCCUAAAAGAGAAUUCCUCAAUGAAGAUGAACCUGAAGAGAAAGGGGAUAAGAAUCAACAGCAGCAGAAUCAGCAUCAGCAGCAAACAGCACCUCAGCAGCAGCCGCAGGCAGCGCCGCAGCAGCCGCAGCCGCAGCAGCAGAACAGCACCCAGACCAACGGGACGGCCGGGGGCGCUGGCGCGGGCGGAGGGGGCGCGGGCGCGGGGCUCCAGCACAGCCAGGACUCCAGCCUCAACCAGGUGCCUCCGAACAAGAAACCACGCAUAGGGCCUUCAGGCGCUAACUCAGGCGGGCCUGUCAUGCCUUCAGAUUAUCAGCACUCCAGCUCACGCCUGAGUUACCAAAGCAACAUUCAGGGAUCUUCUCAGUCCCAGAGUACAAUGGGCUAUUCCACGUCGUCUCAGCAGAGCUCUCAGUAUCACCAAUCUCAUCAGUCUCACAGGUACUGAGAGGCCUGACAGGCUGCACUCAGAAAGGAAUGGACUAAAAGCCAGAAGACUCCAGCAAUAUGAAGUUUAUAAUGAUGAGAAGACCAAAAAUACAAACUAUAAUGCAGAAUUAAAAUUCAUGAUGACAAAAGGAAAACUUCACUCACUGAAGACUUCCCUCACCCUAUCCCUUUACUGCCAUAAAGGAGAUUCUUGCGAAGUUUUCCUUCCUCCCUGCCCUUGCAUGUGCUCCAUUGUGGUUACUCUAAUGAACCCUUCUGAUCUGAACCCAGCACUUAAUUUCUUUAACCUUUGGAAUUUUGAAGGAUUCCUGGUGCACCUUCCUUAUGCUGUAGUGAUUGCCAUAAAUCUGUCUUUUCAAUCUCUUUAAUGGGAUUUUAAAGUUUGAAAAUCUUGAACUCCCAGGCUUUCAAGCUUGUAUAUAGUUAGUUUUAUACUAGGCAAACCAGUUUAGCUAUACAGGUAUAUUGCACCUUUUUAAAGCACUAUGUUAUUUUCACAGGAUAUUACUGUUUUGCUCAUGGAUGUCAAGAACAGCAAAAUUUUACUGUUCCAGAGUAUUUUACUAUUCUGUUUUUAUUAGUCUAGUUUUCAGGCAAAGUUAAAAAUAAAAAAUUUAAAAAAUGAAUAAAAUGAAAAAAGGAAAAAAGAAAAAAACCACCCAAGUCUCUGCAGCGACAAAUAUGCUUCAUGCUACUGGACUGAACGUCAAACAGAAGAUUGCUGGUAUUUCUUAACUCAUUCACAUUGAAUUCUUGAAAUCACAGUGAUCAUGCUCUGACUAGUUUUAAAUUAAGCAUUAUUUUAAAUGAAACCAGGACAGUCACAUAAAAUGGAGAUGCUUUCAGGAUCCGUUAGAACAGAAGAAUGGAAUGUCUUCCCAGGCUGGACACCAAAAUAGUCAGGAAAAUGUAUUUACUGCCCUCGAGUCUCAGUAGGAAUGUGGAUGAUGGGCUUGUUUUUUCUUUUAAGCAGCUGAUUAAUGUAUGUGAGAGUUCUAGAAAUUUAGCUUUCUUUCGUAUUCCUGAGUCAGUUCUCAAAAUUUAAAGGUGACAGAAAUACUAAGACUUGCUAAAACAAAUGCAUUUAAUCAUUUUAUGUUAGAAUUAAUAAUUAAGAGAAAUUAUUGUGCAGUUUGAAAAGCAUGUUGAAAACUGUUCCUUUUUCAUGUUUAUAGUGCAUAUUGUAUGUCCCUCACAUUGCUGUGAUUAACCAGAUUAGUUACACCAGAUGCGCUUGAUUGCACUGAAAUGUUUCUUUUUCCCUAGAGCAAACAUGUUUUGAUUGUACCUAAGGGACUGCAAGUGGAUGGGUAGCUGGCAGAAAAUCCCCAGUAAUUAAACAGGAGUUCAGAAGCAUAAUCAGGGGAUUAUUGUCCAACUUCUGGAACCACAGUUAUUCAGAGAGACACAACAUGUAAUUUGGGACAGCUUCACUUUUCCUUCAGCCUUCAGAAAUAAGGCUGAUUGUAGUUGCAGAAAACCUGGGAAAAUGCAUUUAAAAAGCUACUGGCAGUGUAACACCAGUGAGCUUCUACAGCUGAUGUCUGGAGAAGAGGUAAACUGAGAGAAGUUUGCAUAAAUGGUUAACAUUAUAGGUUUUUAUGCUGCACUGUGUUCUCUUCUGUGUCCUGUGUCAGAGGGUGGUUGGGCACUGGAACAGACUCCCCAGGGAAGUGGUCACAGCACUAAGCCUGACAGAGUUCAAGAAGUUGGGCACAUGGUGUGACUCUUGGGGAUGGUCCUGUGCAGGGCUGAGUUGGACUUGAUGACCUGUGUGGGUCCCUUCCAAUUUGGCAUAUUCUGUGAUUCUGUGAGUAAAUCUGUUUGCUCUGAGGAGAAUGUUUUUCAUCACAGCUAGUCACAUACAAGUUUCUACUGGGUUUCAUCUCUCAAUCACCUUUUAGUGCCCCCUUCCUCCUCAAACUCAAUGCUCUUUUCAUACCUUUUGUGAGCAGUUGGCUUGUUUUGGCUAUACCUACCAUCACGUGGUUUUGACAACACCCAGCUGCCCUGAAAAAGCAACUAAAACCUGCUUUUGUCAUCAAAUGGCUAAGAAGGUGGUGAAAAAUGAAAUGAAGCAAUUGAAAGGAAAACCUUAUUUCUGGGGGAAAAUAAUCUCCCAAAGGGUACUUUCAAUGUGUAACCCUUGAAAUGCUCUGUUUUAUACAUGCCCUAGUAGCAUGUUUGUAAGAACAGAUUUUAGUUGUUCCUUUAUUUCAUUGAGCCUGAGAGGUUGCUUUCUUUCCAUCUCACCUCUUACUGAUGUUAAUAUGAGGUACUUUUGAGCUAAUGGUUUUUUGGCCAAUGCCAUAAAGUAACAUUUGACUUGAAUGUCACAUUUAUGGAAAUUAACCUUUGGCAGGGUAAGUUUUGUCCUCUCCUGUUCUUUUCGUCUUUCUCUUAUCUCAGAAUUAUUUUGUCUUUUCUGCUGCAGUUGUGUAACAUUUCUGUUCCCUACUGUGACCUGCAGGUGGUCAUCAAAAUUUAUACAAGUGGCAGGGAACUGUAUGGUUAAUUAAGGUGGGCUCUUGUGCCAGUAAGGCAAAAUCAUGGUGUAGAUUAAUCUGUAUGUAGAGUGUGAAACUUCACAGCAAUGUAAGGUGCUUUAAUUGAGUGAGCUUCCAGCUUCUAGAGUGACUGCCACGACCCCUCUCUAAGCUGCGCUGGUGUUUCUGCCUUGGUUAGGUCUGGUAGAUGACCGCGUGCCGCUCCUCUCUAGCUUUUGUGCGCACACAUGAAGCCGAGCUGACUUCCUCCAUUCCUUCAAACUCACCACUGGGAGGAGAGUGAAUAAAAGCAAAAGAGCUGGCUGCAAAACAUAGGCUCUGCACACUCUUGUAGUUCCUUCCUGGUGGUGAAAUAGUUCUCUUUUUUCUUGGGAGCUUGAUGCAUGCUGCCGGGGUCAGUGGCUGUCAUAGCGGAAGAAGCGUUGCUGUCUAGGGGUCAUCCCGUGAGGUAAAAACAUUCCGCUUUCAGAAGUGAAUCGUGCAGUUUGUCAUGGGAAACCAGGACCAUGUCAUUUUUGUUAUUUUUUGCCUGUGCAGCUUCGUUAUUACUCAUAGCUCUGUCUCUGCCCGUAACCUUUAGACCCUCACCAAAGUGUUUCACACCUGCACCGAGAGAUGCAGGUGACGCGGGCAGCCAGCCGUCUUCUCCAUUCUGGUGGGAGAGCAGGCUGCUGGGUACAGCUUUUCCCAUCGUGGCUCAGAGGAAACAAACACGUGGGGAAUGAAUAGGAUGAGCAGCCUGAUCCGUGUUGGUGAAGUUUAUGUAGCACAAACUGCACAAUGAAGGAGAAAUGUAGGGAAAGCUGCGAGUCCUGCACUGUAUCUGUGACACUGUAUCUGGGGAGGGGGAGGGAAGAGCAUUCAUAGCGGGAGGGGUGGCGGGAAGCUAGAAGUGUUCAAAUAUGUAUAAUAUUUUAUAUAAACAUAAUAAGCUUAGUUCCCCUUCAUAAUCUUCAGGAAUGGUACUUUAACACCAUUAAGCAAAGAAUUGUUUUAGGAUUAAAUAAAUGUAUUGUACAUAAGGCCAUACGUAAUCUUCUAAAAAUGUCGCCGGACAGGAGCGAUGUGUAUUACUAUAUGAAAAAAGUCCUUAAUGCACUGUUAUCUCCUAAAUAUUUAGUAGUAAAUUAAUGCUAUUUAAUUUUUUUAAAAAUUUGUCUUGUGUAGACACUAAAAAGUAUUACACAAAAUCUGGACAGAACAUGUCCUUUUUAACAGCAAUUUAAAGAACUUUUUAUAUAUGUAAGGUAGUAACUUUUCAAAUUGUUCUAGUUGUAUAUUCCCAUGUUUACUAUUUGUGAAAGUGUGCCUGUCUCUAUUCAGUUAUUUUUUUUUUCUAAUAAUUUCAUGCACACAUCUUUCAUUUUUGUAGUUUCCAUUGGAAAUUAUUGUGUAUGCGCCUCAUGCUGCCACAAAACUUUGCCACUCUAGAUCUGUGGUGGCCACAUUCAGCAGUGCCCAUGCCAGUGGGCUAGCAAAACCACAAAGCAAAAUACUUGUUUCUCAUUCUAGAGUUGGGAGUUUACUGCUUUUAAGUUGUCCUGAUGUCACUCUUGAAAUGACUGUUAAAACUAAGCUAUGAGUUCAUUGCAUUUAUUUUAUAUUCUUGGUUGUAAUGAAAUGGAAUUGACUUUGCUUCAGUGUGAAUUUUUUUAAUAAAAUAAUAUACAUUUGUAAUAAUAAUAAAAAGUUCAAAUCAAA